UUUGUUGUUUUUAGUUCAAAUUCUCCCCGCUUCCUUCACUCCUCAACUCACAGAAAACCUUCUCAAAUCACCAUGAGCUUCACCCUACCCGCCAACUUUUCCUAUUCCGAUCCCCUUCCGUUCACUUGCAAUGAAGACCCGAGCGUAAAGCUUUCCAUUCUCUACUACCUGAUACAAGCCAGCUAUCUAGUUCUCAGUGCUAUUCUCAAUGUGCUGAUUCUUAAUACAAUUUUCAAGUCGAAAAAUAAAGAACAUUAUCGAAACAACUCGUUUUACAUUUUGUAUACGACAGAGGCCGUAGUGAACAUCUAUACCUCCUGUGUCGCUGUAUUCUUCAGCCGACUCUUCAGUGACGUCACUCCACUCUGCCCACUCGUUGCACCAUACUUCUUCACCCCGUCUAUAAUUACCAAAGCAUAUUACACUAUCAACCAUUAUAUGCUGGCAUUCAAGACUUUAUCGCAAAUUGCAGUCAGCUUCAAUAGAAUGACAUGUGUUAUUCUUCCAGUUCGGCACGUACAUUUAUGGAAAAGGAUACUAUGGCCAAUGGUGAUUGCUCAAUUUGUGCUCCCUCUCGGAGUAAUCUGGAAUAUCCUACUAUCUAGGGUGUAUAUUAAUCCAAACGGUGCUGGGUUUUCCGUCAACUACAAGGAUGCGAUUCCAUGGGCCAACAUCUCCUUCCUACACCUAUUCCACUGUAUCCCAUGUGUUGUAUUAGUUACCAUAUUCUUUAUAGUCACCAUAUAUGGCCUAACAAUACUGGAAUAUAGAAUCAAAAACGUUGAGAGAUACCUGACAAUUUUCACUUUAAUAAUGGGUAUUCAGACGGCGUUGUUCGCUUUUACGCAGAUCUACUUUGCCUUCUUCACUGCCUACCUUCCAGGCAUCCGAAGUUUCAUGUUAUUCUCCGCAUUUCAUAUAUUUGAUCUACUCCAUGUCUACAGCCCAAUUGCACUUAUUAUAAUGCAUCGACAAUUGAGAAAUGAUAUUUUUGGAUUGAAACAGGAAAAUGGAAAUGCAAGAUUCGUCUCCUCGUCUUCGCAUCGUGUCUCUGCUGUGCAGGUUCCGUCAUAGAUCUCGAAUUUCCCGCCAAAAUUUCAUCUAAAAAUUUGAAUUUUAUUUUGAAUUAGCCCGCCAAAAUGCUUUCUAAUAAAAUUUG